UUAAAGUAGCGCGCCUUUGUAGGUCUCGCGAUAGCCCGCCCGCUUCCCAUAACUCCGUGCGCUUGCCUCUCUCUUCCUCUUUCCGCCAUCUUUCCGUGCCGCCAUAAUGGUGCGCAUGAAUGUCCUGGCCGAUGCCCUUAAGAGCAUCAAUAAUGCCGAGAAGAGAGGCAAACGUCAGGUUCUUAUCAGGCCAUGCUCAAAGGUCAUUGUUCGGUUUCUAACUGUGAUGAUGAAGCAUGGUUACAUUGGCGAAUUUGAAAUCAUUGAUGAUCACAGAGCUGGGAAAAUUGUUGUGAACCUCACAGGCAGGUUAAACAAGGUGCAAGGACUGACAAAUGCAAGUACCCAAGAUCGGCCGAACUGCAGGCUCAAGUCCCAGAGGUCAGUUGAUGACAGCCGAGAAGGCAGGAUCCAGAGCAGAGCAAAAGCCAGCGAGCUUUGCCAGAAAGUCCAUACAGAUUGGAUGUAGACCACACUCCUAAGGAAACGCCUUUUAACUGAUUGGCUGCUCAUAGCAAGCAGAUCUCAUCUUGGAGGUGAUUAUGUCAUUACAUAACUGCCAAACCACUGAGAAUCGAGGCCCAGCCAAGUUGAUACACAACCUUAACCAUCAAACACCUUGGGGCUAUUGUGAAAAGUGCUGCAGUGAAUAUUGGUGUACAGGUUUCUGUUUGCAUUCCUGUCUUCAACUGUUUGAGGAACCACCAGACUUUUUCCACAGUGACUGCACCCUUUUACAUCCCCGCUAGUGGUGGGUGAAGGUUCCAGCUUCUUCACAGACUGGCCAACAUGUUUGCCGUUGUUUUGAUGAUUGCCAUUCUAAUGUGAGGUGUGGAAAUACUUCUUUAACUUUUUCAAGUCUUUGUUUUUUUACUAGGCAGGUGGGUAUAGUUUUGCCUCUAUAUUUUUUAGAUGGCAUUUAUGAGAGAUUGUACAGAAUAGGCACACAUUAAAUUGCGUUGAUGGUAUGUGUGACUAUUCAGCAAUUAAAAAUGGUGCUUUGUGUUACCCAGUUUUCCUGUUGUUGGUGAA